GGUGACGUAGGGCAGUGAGAGGGUUCAGGCAGCGGGGCUGCUGGUCGCAGAGCAACUGCCCCAAUCGGCCCGGGGGAGGGGGAGCUGCAGCUGCAGCCCACGCAGCGUGGCCUUAGGAAAAGUGUGGGUGCAAGGCGGGGGGAAGGGACGAGAUACCGAGCGGGACCCGGGCCUGAGUGAGAGUUUGAGGAAUCCGCGCUCAGUGAUCGCCGCCUCUCUUCCCCCCGCACCGAGCCUGGCUGGGCCUGGGCCGGGCUCAGCGGUACCGCCGCCGCCGGCAUUGCUCAGACUUCCGGAAGGGGCAAACCGUCCAGGCUGGGGCCUCGCGUUUGCUCAACUUGAUCCUGCACUUUUAUGUGUCCACUGAAAUCCACUGAAACUCAAGAUGUUUCGGAGCUGUCCCGACGAUGCUGCCGGGAACCGAGAAAACGUGUCACCCGCGGGGCUAAAGAGCGCGAUUUGGGAGGAUCCGGAGCAAGAAGGCCGCAAGCGAAAUCUCCGCAAAGCCACGGCUGAGGGCGGCAGGAAGGUGCUCGGGGUGUUGCAGAACAACUUGGCUUUGCAGCCUCCCCCCAAGUCUGUUUCAACAUCAGGAUUUUUCUGCAGCAAAGAUAACUCUGGCCCAAUACCCACAGGAAAAGCAGCAACCAAACCAGCAUUCACUAUCCAUGUGGAUGAACCUGAUGGCGCCCCACAUCGAAGUACAAGCAGCACUGCAGGAACUUCUGCAAGUUUGGCACUAACUUCAACAGUACUUGCAUUAGGAAGUUACCAGCCAUUGUCUUCCACUAAGUGUAUGACAGAUGUUAGCUUUGACUCUCCAAUGGUACUGGAUAUGUCAAUAUCUUCAUGUGGUGAAGAAAAACACGUAAAUGUGAAUGAAUUAUCUGAAUAUGCAGAUGAUAUACAUAAAUACCUAAGAGAAAUGGAGUUGAAAUGCAGACCCAAAAUCGGCUACAUGAAGAAACAACCUGAUAUAACCAACAGUAUGAGAGCUAUUCUUGUUGAUUGGUUGGUAGAGGUUGGAGAAGAAUACAAAUUGCAGAAUGAAACACUGUAUUUAGCUGUAAACUACAUUGACAGAUUUUUGUCAUCCAUGUCGGUCCUUAGAGGAAAACUCCAGCUUGUAGGAACAGCUGCCAUGCUGUUGGCUUCAAAAUUUGAAGAAAUAUAUCCACCUGAAGUUGCUGAAUUUGUUUACAUAACUGACGAUACCUACACAAAGAAGCAAGUUCUACGGAUGGAGCAUCUCAUUCUUAAAGUUUUAUCAUUUGAUUUGGCAGCACCGACAAUAAACCAAUUCCUCAUUCAGUAUGUUGGCCGUGAGAACGCCAGCAGUAAAGUUGAGAGUCUAUCUAUGUACCUGGGAGAACUAAGCUUGAUUGAUUCUGAAUCAUUUCUGAAAUAUCCACCUUCUGUCCUUGCUGCAUCGGCCUUUUGUUUGGCCAACUAUACAAUAUCACAGGCUGGCUGGCCUAGGUCAUUAGCUCAGUUAACUGGAUAUGUCUUGGAAAGCUUAAAGCCAUGUGUGACAGACCUUUACCAAAACUACCUCAAAGCACCAGAACAUGCACAGCAAGCAGUGAGAGAGAAGUACAAGAGCUCUAAGUAUCACUCUGUGUCAGUCAUUGAUCCUCCACUAUCUUUGGACUUGCUGUUUUUUCAGUGAUGCUAUCAUCGUUGCCUAGUGUUUAUAUGGCAUACAUUUGUAAAACUUGGAGACCGUUUUGUGCAGCUCAGUAAUUUGAGCACAAAUGUGGACUUUCAACUUGCCACUACACCUUUUUUAGCACUGGAUAACUGCAAUCCACACCAGUAGUAAUUUUGACAUGAGGGCUUUAAGCAUUGUUUUAUACUUGUAUAUUUUAUGAAUUAUGAAUUUAUGUGCAAUCCUAUUGUGUACAACUUUUAUAUUUAGAGCUACAAUAACCAAGCCCAGAUUAGCAAAUAGGGUAAGUUUUUUCUUAAUUCACAGGAACUAUGUGCAUACAAUUUUUUAUCAUUGAGUAUUAGGUAUCUUGAAACAAUAUCAACCUAGAUUUUUUUUAAUAUUCCUGACUGGUUUUGUUCAACUAAGACGUGAAUUAAACAUGCCAAGUGACUUAAGGCUAGUCUGACCCAGUACACUAAUUUUAGUAGGAUAAAUACUGGUGUCUGUACUAUUUAAGGGGAAAGGCUCUCGAAUGGGUUAUAGUAACUUCAAAAAAAAAAGGCCUGUUGUAACAUGAUCAAUAUUAUGUCAAAAUUUUAAACUUCGCUAGCUAAACCAAGUAUCAACAAGCUUUAGUUGAGGAUUAGCUGCUGCUUAUGAUUCCAUUUCCCUGCUACUCAUCACAUAGGGUAAAAAUUCUUCAAGUGCUGUCAUGUGAAUAUUUUGUUGUUCAUAAGGAUAUUAAAUCUAAUUGUCUUGAACAGAAUGCUGCCUUUGUCAGAAAUUCUUGGCUUUUUGAAUACUGCUUUGUAUGCGCUUGAGCAUUCUUGCUUUUUCCCUUUUAUUCUCUUAAGCUUAAAACAUUGAUUUUCUUUUGCUAGUAUGGCAAAAGGAAUGAGUUUUUGCUUCUAACUGAAAAAUUAAUACAACACUGUACAUUUUUAAGGAGAGCCCUUCAGUCCUCUUCUAUUGGAAUGGCUGCACUAAAUGUGCGCAAGUACCUCAAGUUCUAUGUGGAGAGGGGACUGAGCCCAGCUGCCAUGUCUGUUUGAAUAGCUUCCACACGUGAAUUAUGGAACAUGUUGUAAAUCUACAAAUAAAUACUUUGGUUCUAA